CCGCAAAAGAUGAUUCAUCUGAUGGCGAUCCGGGGACGAACAUGCCGAGAUACUCUGCCGGUGCUGAUGAAGACAUCGAUGUAUUCCAAAGCGGCACCAUGGGCGAUGAGCAGGAAGCACACGACUUGAUUGAUGAGGAGUACUACAUGUUUUGCAACGAAGGAUCCGAUAACGACAUAUUGGAUGAUGACGAGGAAGCGAGCAUGUCUAGCGCUAAACCUAGCGAGAUUGAUCCAUUUGACACUGUCUACUCAAACAUUCCAGACAACACUCACAUCCUGAAAGUCGACGAAAAUUGCAAACACUGCAAGGCCAGAAAGUUUGAGUCUGAGACUGACGGCUUCUGCUGUCGCAAUGGCCAGAUCGAGCUUAAGCAACCGGAACCAAUCCCAGAGCUUAUGAGGCUAUGGUCCAGCAUGGAUGCAGAUUCUAGACAUUUUCGGGAGAACAUACGUUUCUUCAACGGGCAUUUCGCCUUCACAACCCUUGGGGUCAGCCUUGAUGAAAACUACACUAACAUGAAGUCUGGGGUGUACACAUUCCGAGCACACGGCACCAUCUACCACAAUGUCCAUUCGUUCGGGCCUAGCUCCCGUCCAGAACAUCUGCAGUUGUACUUCUAUGACGACGACCCUAACCUAAAUCAUCGUAAGGCGGCCACCAAGCAAUUAGACCAGGAUGUCGUGAAGAGGUUAGUAGACAUACUCAAAGAAAACCCAUACUCCCAGCAAUUUAGGAGUUUGGGUGCACACAAGGACAACCUCGAUGAUUAUAGGAUAGACCUAAACACCGAUAAGAGGCUUGACCAAAGAAGAUAUAAUAAACUGGUGUCAUCUGAAGUCGCUGCAAUUUGGGUUGAGGGCACUGACCUAGCAAAAAGGUUUGACCGCAGGAUAACACUUUGUGGUAACAACAACGAAAGGCAUAGUAUACGUGUGACCUCAGGGGCAUAUGACCCGUUGUCUUAUCCAUUAUUCUAUCCAAUGGGGGAGCUAGGUUGGCAUCCGAAGCUACCCAAACGUAAUGUUUCUUGGGAGGUUGUACUAAAUCCUCGUUUGUGUCAUGAUGACGAAGAUGAUGCAGGUAUGUUGUUUGUGUCCCACUUUGUUACAAAUAAUUUCUUGUUUUUAAAAAUAAUGCUCACGCGAUGGUACUCAAACAUGUGCAGAGGGGAAUAGCAGGUUAUGCGUCUCCGUUAGAGACUACUACUGUUACAUGCUGCAAACACGGCCUGCGAUCUUCAAUCCAAUACUUUGUGGAGCACGCCUACUGCAGCAAUGGGCGGUUGACAUGUACAUCAAGAUUGAGAGCUGUCGGUUGAGGUGGUACAGGAAGAACCAGACGCAGAUCCGUGCCGAUUUGUAUAAAGGAGUUGUUGAUGCGAUCACAUCGGGUGAGACGCGAGCAAGCGCUGUUGGGGUAAGAAUAGUGCUCCCUGGAACUUACCCUGGUGGCGACCGCGACAUGAAGAAGAGACAUAUGGAUGCCAUGGCAAUUGUCCAUACAUACGGGAAGCCUGACAUCUUCUUGACCAUGACUUGCAACCCUAAAUGGGAAGAGAUAACAAAUGAGUUGCUUCCUGGACAGACGGCGCAAGACCGACCUGAUAUUGUGGCUCGCGUGUUCUAUGGCAAACUAGAGGCUAUGAAAGAUAUGUUGCUCAAGAAGAUGGUCCUGGGUGUUGUUGUUGCUUAUGUUUACGUAGUUGAGUUCCAGAAGAGAGGCCUCCCCCACGCACAUUUUUUGUUGAUCAUGGAUUCAACGUAUAAGCUUCUUGUCCCAGAGCAGUAUGACCGACUCAUUUCCGCAGAGCUCCCAGACAAGCAAAAGUA